UUAACCACUUCCUGUCCGGCCCAUGUACAUAAACGGCCGGACGGGAGCGGGAGCAGUGCUGAAGCGGGUGGCCUUUUAUAAAUGGCCACCGCAUUCACUGCCUGUGUGUGCUCCUUGGGAGUGUGAGGCACCGCUAUCCGGUGCCCGCUAUGUGUGGAGGACACAGCGGAACACCGAUCACUGUACGGGACCUCUGUGUGAGGUCCCGGUCAUGUGAUCACUGAUUGGCGAAUCAGUGAUCACAUGCAAAGUAGUAAGCAAGAUGUCACUUGUGACAUCAUUGCUUACUACGUGUGAAAUCUGUGAAUGAUCACAGAGGUCACAUGGUACAAGGCUAUUCACAACACCCUUGUACCAUGUGACAAGCUGUGACCAAUCACAGCUCACUCAGUA